AUGCCCGAUCUCAACACCGUCCCCGCUUCACCACAUCCCGCCAAUACCUCCCGGCGCUCUUCAUCGAACCAGAUAUCUCAGCAGAUGCCGCCUCCUCCUGUGCCCGCAUCGUCAGAGUCGCCUUCCCUCAACAUCCUUCCUUCGAACCAGAACACGGUCAACAACCCGAAUACCUCGAACCCUUCUCUCCCAUCGCCGACGAUGGCCCCGGCAGCGACAUCUCCGCCGGUCGCGCCUGAACCCAGCGUAUCUGGGCCGGGCCCCAUCCGUCAUCCGCGUCCCAUGACCGCCUCCGAUCUUCAUAUGCAGCUCGAGAAGGAGCAAGAGGCAGUGGUAAACCGCUUAACCCGCGAACUCCAACUCCUCCGCACCGCACAGAAUGCCUCUGUCGUCUCCAACGCAUCCUCAACAUCUGCAUCCAACACUACCGAAGCACCCGCCGACACCCACCUCCUCUCCGGUGCUGCCUUCUCCACCCCCGCGGUACCAUCUAACAGCUCCCGCCGGCACCAUCGCACCACCUCAAACGCUAGUACGCGCAGCCAGACCGCGAUCGCCGGCUCGGCCUCCGUGUCCACGACCUCCAUCCCGAUCCCACGCCCCUCGAACCCCGUGCGCCAGGAUAGCAUUGCCUCGCGACACAGCUUGUCUUCCUCGCCAGCCCACUCGCAGCAGCAUCUGGAUCCCCACGCCAGCGGCAUGACGUACUUCCAACAGCAGCGUUUGCCUCACCAGGCAACUGGGAGCACUUCCAUAGCUGCCACCCCUGGGAGCGAGUCACAGCUGUCACCGGGUAUGAUGCCGGCUACUUCGAGAUAUGAGGAGACUGCACUCCACCGACAGGAGUUGGAGGUUGCCAAGAAGGAGAAUGAGGGAUUGAAGCAGCGUAUUCGCGAGUUGGAGAAGUUGGUCAGGGAGAAGAGCGCCAGCGUCAGCCGAGAGAGGAGUGAGAGUGUCAGCAGUCUGACCACGGGAGGAGCUGGCGUGGGCUUGCCGGCCCCCAGCGGCGCGGCCGUGGUCGCUCGUCGCGAGCGUCCUGGUGGUGAGAGGGAGAGGUCUCUGACAACCAUGAGUGUUGCAAGCAGCGUUGCUGUUGGCGUCCCUGAGGAAGAGGUGCAGGUUGGAGAGAGUGCAGCGAGCUCUGGGCUGAACCCCUGA